AUGGCGGACGUACAGGAGAUUCUAAAGAAGAAGUUCGGUGGUGCCGCCCCUUCGCGCACUGGUGGCAAGGGAACCCCGCGACACAAGCAAAAGCGAAAUGUCGCCCGAAGCGCCAACGACGACAAGAAGCUACAGACCACUCUUAAGAAGCUAAACACUCAGCCAAUCCAAGCUAUUGAGGAGGUCAACAUGUUCAAGAGUGAUGGCAACGUUAUUCACUUCUCUGCUCCCAAAGUCCAUGCCGCUGUCCCGGCCAACACUUUCGCCAUCUAUGGCGCCGGUGAGGAUAAGGAGCUGACUGAACUCGUCCCCGGAAUCCUAAACCAACUGGGCCCUGACUCCCUCGCUUCUCUGCGGAAACUGGCUGAGAGCUACCAGAGCAUGUCCAAGGAGAACAAGGAGGCGGACGACGACGAUAUCCCCGACCUAGUGGCUGGCGAGAACUUUGAGAGCAAGACUGAAUAG